AUGAAAUUUGCAAAGAGCAUGCAGAGCCAGAAAGAUAAACUUGCAGACACCACAGACUCGCAGACAUUUGUUAUCCACAGUGAAAUAAAGCCGGAUCAGAAGAAGAUUUUUGGGCCAGGCUAUAAACAGGAGGGUGCUGAGAACGGGCUGUCCACACUAAAGAAUAAAGCAGGCCAAGAAACAGAAAAUAGACCAGUGUAUAAUAGCAGCCCAGUCAAGACAGUGGAAGAAAACACAGAAAACGAGAAAAAGAUUCAGAUUGACAGCAAAACAUCACAAAACAUGCACAACACCGAAUUGUCCAGUGCAUUGGAAAAGGAGCACACCGAAGAGAAUCCUCUUCCUUUAUCAUACAUAGACCGGUACUCUAGGCAGAUGGUAAUUAAAGAAAUAGGAGUAGAGGGGCAAAGGAAAAUAAAAACAAGCAGGGUGCUAGUUGUAGGAGCUGGUGGUUUGGGUGCGCCUGCUCUUAUGUACCUAGCAGCAAUGGGCGUUCAGAAGAUAGGAAUUUCUGAUUUUGAUGUAGUUGAAGAGUCCAACCUUAACCGGCAAGUACUAUACAGAGAGUCAUCUAUAGGCAAGUAUAAGGCAAAGGAGGCCGUGCAAAGUCUGACAGGCCUGUGCUCAUCUUCUGAGUAUACAUCGCACCCGAAGAUCACAAGUGAAAAUGUGUGGGACAUAUGCUCGUCAUAUGACUUAGUAAUGGACUGCGGAGACAACAGAUCCCUGCGCUAUCUACUCAGCGACUGCUGCAAGCUGCGAGGCAUUCCAUAUAUAUGCGGGUCGUCUUUGCGAUGGGAAGGGCAUGUGUAUACGUUUAACAGGCUGUGCUAUAGAUGCGUUCAUCCUGUGAUAGGAACAUAUGCAAGCGGCAGCUGCUCAUCUGCAGGAAUAAUAGGAAGUAUGUGCGGCGUAGUGGGAUCUUUAAUGGCGACAGAGGCAAUGAAGGCAAUUAUUGGCAUUGGGGCAAGUGACAGCUUGGUCUAUAUUAAUGGGCUGAAGAAUGAGUUUAUGAACUUGUCUCUUAAUAAGAAGCUGUGCACUCUCUGCAAAGAAGCCCCUCAUCUGACGCGUAUGCAAAGAAUUGAGAGAAUAGCCAAAGAGAAUCAGAUCUUGGAGGAAAAAGAGAAAGAACUAAACACAUGCUUAAUAAGUGAUCUAGUGGAAAAGAUGCAGGAUAUUGACAUAAGUAAAAUACAGGAGAGUGCAAAAAACAGCAAACUUCCUUUCUCGGAUAGUAGUGCAGAAAGCAUUGGCAUGACACCAGAUACCACACCAGCAGAUAAAAAGGAAAACAAGGAUCAAGAACUACUAAGUGAUACCUCCACCGAUAAAAAUGAGAGAAAUUGUCUGACAAGUCUAGAAGACGAAGUGUGCUGGAGUGUGGUUUUUUCCUCGCCUGAGAAGUACUUUAUUGUAGAUACACGCUCUAGUGCCGAGCAUAAAAUUGUCUCAAUUCCUAACUCUUAUUUAUAUCCGUUAAGCAGCAUUGUUGAUAAUCCCAAAAAGGCACGCGACUGCAUCCAUAGAAAAGCAUCUGGAAGAAAGGUAGUGCUAUGCUGCAGAAAUGGAAGCACCUCAAGAAGGUUUGUGUUUAUAUUUGGAGCACUAAGUGCUGUAGGAGGAAUCCAGGAGUAUAUCAAGCAGGUGCAAGAAAUAGGAAGUAGGGCUACUUCAUGCAAAAAGUAA